AUGGAUGUAAUAAUAUCGGUAAUAGAAGAUUCCGCGGGCUGGCCGCAGAACUACAACGCCGACAAAAUGGCGUCAGUGAGCCGUGGAGGCUCGCUGCCCAGACCGCCCUCUAUUAUACCCUGUCCUGCGCACACACCGAUCCCCCCGCCUCCCCCGCCACCACCUCUGACCAUGGCACCUCACAGAACAAAACACGUAUCGUUUGCUCGUUCACACACAUUGACCACGUUCGACGACUCUGUGAUGCCCGCCGCGGUCGGAGGCAACCGCUUUCGGAGAGACUGCGAAAGACUGCUCGAUGGAAGAACUUUAAAGUCUGAAGCAAAACAACCCUACAACACACUGCCAGUAAUGUUCCAACCGUACAGUCCGUAUCCUCAAUACAUGCCGCAAGCGGCUCCCGCGCCCAUCCACUACUCGUCGCAAAUGACGCAGAUGUCUCAAAUGCAGCCGCAAAUGCCACAAAUGCCACAACAAGCAGCCACUCUUCCGAGGUCUUCUGCUGAACAACCUAAAGUUGUUGUGCUUGAUAAAAAAGGAGUUAUGAGGACUCAAGCAACACAAACAGAAGUUUGUUUAGGAAGAAAACCUUUGCCUCCAAAUUAUUUGUCGUUAAGUCCUAGAACUAUAAAAAGGGUUAAAAUGGUAGCAGCAGGUGUUCAAACUAAUGGAUAUACAGUAGGAGCUAGAAGAUUAACCAAAUCAUUCUCUGAAGUAGGUGGAGAUAGAUUAGCUGGUCGCGACACAACUAGUGAAAUCAGUGCUACAGUAGAAAGUUUCAUUGCCAAUGAUCACGAUAAACUACAUAGAACGCAGUCAGAAGAACCACCCAGAUCCCCUCGAUCCCCAACGUCCAUGAUGCCUCCCUCACCGCUAAUGCAAAGAAUGGAUUCUGACGAAGUCACUUCAUCAUCAGUAAAAUCCGUCGCCUCAUCAAAUUUAGAUAAAUCAUCCGAACUAAGCGCAUUACAAAGACAGGCCCAAGAAUAUUUCCAACAAAACUUCCAAUUCAUUCACGAGAGCGACAGAGAUGACACCAUCGAUGACGACAUAGAAACAAUAGAGAAAAGCAUGGCGUUAAAUAGAAGAAAUCUGGAAUACCUUCAACAAGAAAUAGCGAAGCAAGCUAAGACUCAAGACAGGUCGCUCAGGUCAAUUUUAUCAAAAAGUACUAGUGACGCUUCUCAAAAAACUAUCAAUUCUCAUCCGCUAUCAAAAACAUCUACAUUCCAAUCGGAGCCUUCAACAGAAACUUCAGCUACAACCACAGACGACAGUGAAAAGAAUGAAAGGGAGAUUAUAAUAGACUUUGAACCUAGGCCUGAUGAUGAAGCGAUACCAUUUACAACAUUACGCAGAAAAAACAAAAGACCACUGCAAAAGACUCUUUCAGAGGGAGAAAUACUAUUAGACGUAAGGAAAAGCGAAAUAAACACAAGCGAUGCAAAAGACGCUCCUAUCGUCAUGUCAACUAGUCAAGAAAACAUGGUGAGAGAAGACCGAGAAAGAGAAGCAAUUUACAGACAAUACAUUGAUCAAAAUUAUACGCAAACGCCUAUCAAAGACGAAGGAAUAUUUGGAUUCGAGCCCGAUGGAUCUUUUAGUUCUUCAGACGGAAAUGGGCCAUAUGAAGAUUUCCAUGAAAAAUAUAUUAGUUACAAGCAUGAACCGUUUAGAAAUCGAAGCGUUAGCUUUGAGGAACCAACAGAAAUUAUUAAUAAAAGAGCUGAAGUUCCUGAACUCAGUACUGCAAAAUCAAGUCCUGGAUCGCCAGAACCAGCAAGCUUAGAUGUUGAAGUGGACCACAAAAUAAAAAGAGCUAUUAUUUCGAGUACUGUUACGACUAUUCUUACUCCUUUGGAAAAAUCAUCGCCGUGUGCAUCAAACGAGUCAUUGACUGUAGAUCAUAGCAGGGAUCAUUCCGAUGGGUUGUGGAACGAAUCGCAAACCACAGUUUUACAAGUGGAUUCUGGGACUGAAAAUGGAACCGUGAUAAGCUCAUCAGAUCUCAGCUCUUUAGCAGCAUCACCAGGAGCACUGGCUUUACUGACGCCUACAUCAAGAAGAAAACAACUUCUGUUAUUGCAACAUCAGCAGCGAUCAUCUUUGGAUACGGAUGCUUUGGAUGAAGAAUUCGAUGCUUCACAAAGCCAAUCACCUACUUCACCAAGAAAUAAACUGGACACUUCAAGUUCUAGUUCAGCACAAGCUCGAUCGUCCCUCUCACCACCUGCUGUUGUUCCAAAUAUUACAUUACCUAUAACAAAACAACCGACAAUAUCAAAAAAUAUAUCUCCCAUGGGGCCUCAAAAAAUCAACCAUACACCAGCAAUUGCUAUCACUCAUCCAAGCCUAGAUUUAGCAGAUGUGCCAUUCAAACGAACUCCUAGUUUUAUCAAUAAGAAAAGAGAAAGAGCUUUGAGCCCAUCAAGAAGAAAAGAUUUGCAAAAAAGAGCACAGCAAAAAGAACCAAACGGAACUCUUCCUAACCAAAUUGUAGAAUCUCCUUCUGAACAACCACUCGCUAAAGCUGCUAGCAGUGAAACUAGUUUAGCACGCACAGAUUCUGGCAAAAUAAAUACCACUGAUGUUUCCGAAAGCACAACGACCACCGAAGAUUAUGUAACGGCUAAUUCAGACAGUUCAAAGAAAAGUAAUUGCAAAAACCCGAAUCAGAAUCCCGAAAACAAUAAAGCACAAGAAGGAUCUUCGUUUGAAAGUGCAUCGAGUCUUUAUUCUUCCACUCGCACAGAAAACAUUGCUGAAGAUCUAGUAGUACCAAGUUUUUCUCCUCCAUUACAAAUCAGUGACGACUUCAUAGUCCCCGAUUUAGUAUCACCUCCUUUACCGUUACCAGAAAGAUUACCAAGAGCAGCGGUAGAGAAAAUUGAAGUAAAAGCAGAAAUCAAUCCAACACUCGAGUCAAUAAGGAGAGAUAAGACUGAAUUUAUAAAAAUAAAAGACGAUGUUCCCAAAGUUUCUAAGAUUUCAAUGAGAGAUAUGGUAAGUGGUAAAAGUAGUUCUAGCGGAAGUUACAGUAUAGGUGGUUCAAAUCCUAACAUGACAGAAGAAGACAUCGAUAAGACUCCCACUGAAAAAACCAAACAGAUUUCUGAAAAGAUUGAACCGAUAACCAAAGCUGAUAAAGUUACGAGUCCAAUGGUCGAAAAAGAACAACUGGUUCCCAAAAUGAUGGGCUCAUUAUCUGACGAUGAGAGAAGUGUUCAUUAUUCAUCAUCAGGGUAUUAUGAAAGUCCAGUAGAGGAUGACGAUGAUGGAGGUUUGACAUACAAGCAUUCACAAAAAUAUAGAUCAGCGAGACCAAAAACCUGGUUAUCAGAUGAGAAAAGAAGAAAAAAGAAAGCGUUCACGUUAGAGUUUUCAAAGUCUUAUGAUGAUUCAGUGUCUACAUCACAAGAUGAUUGGGGUAAGAAAGUAAAAGACCCAGAUAGUAUUAGCCAAAAAUCAGAACGUAGUAGUAUAUUCAAGCCUACAUGUAGUAAAUCUCCUCUAGAAGAGAAAGCGCCAGAAGUAAGAAAAAAGAAAACGCACUUUGAAAAAACCAAAAGUGUUCAAUCGUCCCCAAGAGAGCCAAAAGACAUCGAAAGAUCACUAAAAGAAAAGCCUGUAAAAGAAAAAGAUCCGGAACCAAAGAGACCUCAAGAAAGAGAACGAUACGUGAAAAGGACAAAAUUGAAAGCGAAAAGCCCAACACAAAGUAAAGCUAGUGAUGGAAACCAUGGUUAUGGUAGGCCCCAUUACGACAGGCGGGAAGCUAUGGGUUCAAAUAUGAAAUUACAUCUAAAUAUUCCCACUUCCGAUGAUUCAAGUGAGCAAUAUCGAAAAGAAGGUACAGGCAACGGAAAUAUCUCUCCAAGAAAACACAGGCGGUUGCGAGAUAGUCCACGAAGAAAAACGGGUGCUAAUUCUAACUCAAUAAAGUCUCCUACUUCUGGUAACAACCAUUCAGGAUACAGUUGCAGGCCACGGAGAAAGAGUGGUUCAAAUGAAAGCAUAUCACUACCUGGCAGCUUGCCUCGCAGAAAACAAUCAAUACCUACAGUUCCUUGUCUUAGUUCCUUAGAAGCGGAAGACAUUGAAACCACCAGAACACUCGUUAGUGCCGGAUCAAGAUUAACUCCUUUGCGAUACGUGAAGAGUCCAACAACAUCUCCGAGACAUCAUCGUAAGCAAGAUAGAGAUUGUAAAUUCGCAAAAGCAGCAUCAGCAGAAUCCUUAAGAUCAGUUUCACCAGGUUCUGACUCCGUAUUUUAUUCUGAACAAACAGAACACAGCCUAACAGGAGUCGACGGCGAGGCCAAAGCACAUUGCUUACAUUGUGGCAAAGAGGUUCAUAUAGUUACAGCUUCACACGAACAGGACAGAGCUUCAAGGACUUCCCAUACAGAUGAAUCCUAUGCCGAUGCACAGCCUGAUAUUGUCCCAGCACCGGCAGGAUUUGCAGAUUCCCCUUCUUGUAUCAGUUCAAAAAAGCAUGCGACUGGAGCUCGCUUAUAUAAAAAGCUGGAUAAAAGAUAUCGUUCUGAAGACAAAUCUAGACACUAUCGACAUAGGUCUGAUGUGCGAGCGAAGUCCGAAGAACGUGGCAAGGAGGAAUAUGCCUCUACAGAAAAACCUCAAGACACUCGUAUUGCUCGGUCUGCUGGCAAUAGCUUGGAUAAACUAGCCGGUUCGAGUGCCAGCGUCGAUCCUGAUGAACAUGAAGAGUGCUCGGGCAGUUCUGAAGGUGCUGAAGGUGGCCGGGAAGAGAGAGGAGUAUACGCUGCUCCAUGGUGGUGUGGAAACUGGAUACUGCUCUCAGAGAAUGACGAUCACUGGACCAGGAUUCCACCAGAUGUCUUGGAACGAAUCGAAAGCAGCAAAGAAGAUCCUACAGAGUCAGAAACUGAAUUUAACAAAAGAUAUGUAGCUCUAACACAUAGACUUGUACAUAGACGCGCUUGCAUUGAGUUGAAUAGACGGCAAGCAAAUAAUACAUUUGAAAGCGACAAAACAGUGGUAGUGAGACGAGGUAACGAGGAGUUCGGAUUUAGGAUCCACGGCAGCAAGCCCGUAGUGGUCUCGGCUAUCGAGCCCGACACGCCGGCGGAGACCUCGGGCCUUGAGGUCGGGGAUAUAGUUAUAGCUGUUAAUGGGAUCAAUGUUUUAGAUAAGACACAUUCGGAAGUAGUUAAAAUAGCACACUCCGGUUCGGAAAUAUUGGAAUUAGAUGUGGCAAGAACAUGCGAAGUGGUAGCAUCCCUAGCCCACGAAGGUGGUCCGGCUGCCUUAUAUUCGGGAUACUUGUGGAGGGCGGCGCCUCUGAGGCCCCACCAUCCUCCAAGAUGGACGCGGAGGUGGUUCGUCCUGAAGAGGGACAACUGCUUGUACUAUUACAAAACCGAUAGCAGCAUUCACCCAGUGGGUGCGCUGAUGCUAGUGAACUACCAACUGACUGAAGAGGACGCUGGUAGACCGCACGGCUUCAGGCUGCAGCGCGGUGGCGGUACACGACUGCAGUUGGCGGCGGACACUUCGGAAGCGGCCGCUAGGUGGCGCGCGGUGCUGGCUCAUGCUAUUGAUGCUAGCAAUCAGGUAGAACAUGAUUGA